AUGGCCACAUCUCCAAAGCUCUCUCUUAACUCUGGUUCCAAGCUUCCGGAUCCGACCAUGUAUAGAAGUGUUGUUGGUAGUUUACAAUAUCUUGCUUUUACAUGCCCAGAUAUCUCCUAUUCAGUGAAUCGCUUAUCCCAAUACAUGCAUAUGCCCACGGAUGAGCACUGGAAGGCGGCCAAGCGGAUACUCAGAUAUUUGAAUUGUACAUCUUCACAUGGUAUUUGUCUCAGGAGGGAGAAUCCUUUUCAGCUUCAUGCUUACUCGGAUGCAGAUUGGGCUGGAGAUACUGAUGAUUUUGUCUCUACAAAUGCAUAUAUCGUUUAUCUUGGUUACAAUCCUAUGUCAUGGACGUCUAAGAAACAGCGAGGUGUCGUUCGUUCUUCUACCGAAGAUGAAUAUAGGUCAGUUUCUAACACGUCCUCUGAAGUUAUGUGGGUUUGUUCUUUGUUACGGGAGCUUGGUGUUUCAUUACCUCAAGUACCUACAAGAGACACACAAGUUUUAACGAGGUUCAACAAAUACUUUGUUGCAAAUACUUCUUGA